AUGACAGUGCUGGCUCUGCCGCAGAAGCGGGCUUUACGAAUUGCAGUUGUAGCAGGCUGCAUAUUCGUUCUGAUUCUGCUCAGCCAUGUCUUCUACGCGCCAAUCACGCCGACGGGCAUCAAAGGCCAGAUUAGAUCCACAGCUUCACGCUUGAGAGCCAGGCCGCAGUACGACCCAAAGAAGCUGCACAUGCUGAUACCAGCGACAAGUACGAAUCAUCAUCUAUGCCAACUCAUGACCUCCGCUGUGGUACUUGGCUACCCUGCUCCCAUCCUACUCAAUUGGGGCGGCGUGGAAGAUGCGGACGACUACGUGCAGCAUCUCCAGAAGGUCGAGGUCGUGCUCAGCUACGUCGAAUCUUUGCCCGAGGAGCAGCAAGAUGAAUUAGUGUUCAUGAUGGAUGGCUUCGAUGCGUGGUUCCAACUACCAGCGGACAUCAUGAUCAAGCGGUAUUAUGACGUCCUCGAUUUCGCUCAUCAGCAGAACGUGGAAAUGUACGGUGCCGAUGGGGUCGAGCGACACGACAUCCGCGAUACAGUCCUGUUUGGGCCGGACAAGCUCUGUUGGCCGGAAGACCCAAAUCGUGCUGCGUGUUGGGUAGUGCCCGAGUCUUGGAUGCCUGAGCAAGGUUUCGGGCCGGACACUGAUCACGGUAUUCACGAUCAUAAUCGAGCACGGUGGCUCAACUCAGGGACAAUCUUGGGGCCAGCAAGAGAAGUGAGGGAGGUAUUCGCUGCAACACUGGCUAAGAUCCACGAUCACCACACGACGGACUCGGAUCAGUUCUAUUUCUCGAACGUCUGGGCGGAUCAGAGCUAUGCACGGCGACUGGUCGGGCUGGAGUAUGACCGCUCACGAGGCAUCAACGUUUCUGAGACAGAAGCAAAACUACUCCCACCUCCACCUCCUCCGCCACCUCCGCCACCAGAGGUCCCUGAGGGCGAAGAGCCUCCGGAGCCUCCACCGCCUCCACCGCCUGGCCUUGAGAUACCCGAGCUGAAAGAAGGCAAGAGCUACGAACUUCACAUUGGUCUUGACUUUUCCUCCGACAUCUGGCAAACCAUCGCUUACUACGAGGACUACAUGACAUGGGUCCAACACAACUAUUCGAGCCGCUAUACCCUCUCCGACGCCGCGACAAUCAACCCGAGCCACCACUUCACCAUGCCCGCCGACCUAGUCGGCCUGAGCCCAAUCAUGGCCCUCGCCCGCAACGGCGACCGCGGCAACGUCAACUACGAACAACUCCCCGAGGCAAUGCGCAGCUGGGCUACAGUCCCGCUCGCCACCAACACGGUCUCCAAGACAAUCGCGCCGGUGCUGCACUUUACAGGCAAGAAGUCCUAUCGAGAGCUCUGGUGGCCGAGGAACUGGUUCUGGCCGUACCAGGAGGAGAUCUUCAAAUGGCUGCGCGAUCGCGGUGUCGUGAGAGAAGGUGAGUGGCGCGAUCCACUUGCCGGUGGAUGGACGUACAGCAAGAAGAACCGCAAAGGUUGGGUGAACUGGGAAGAUGGGUUGUGUGGGGCAUACGAGGAGCGACUAAGAGGCAAAUUCGUCGGAUAG